AUGUCUAGCUCAAUUUUGUUGAUGAAGAUUACUUGCAUGACAAUGAUGAUGUGCAUGAUUUUAGGCCUACCACAAACUCUUGCUGCUCUCACUUGUAGCCAAGUUGAGACAAAAUUAGCGCCGUGUGUCGCAUACGUGACCGGAAUCGUAGAUGCUGUCCCACAACCAUGUUGUGAUGGUAUCAAAUCCUUAAAAAAUGAAGCCGCGACCAAAGCUGAUCGUCAAAUUGCAUGUAGGUGUAUCAAAAAAGCAGCUAAGGCACUGCCCGGACUGAAUAUGGAUGCUCUUGUUGGCCUCCCUAGUAAAUGCGGGGUUGACUUGCCUUAUAAUCUUGGUCCCUCCACUGACUGCGACAAGAUUGAGUAA